AUGGCUAAAAGUCAGAAGAAAAGUGCUGCCAGCAGCAGCAAGAAAUCCAUAACAACUAAGAAAGAUGUCAAGCCAGUUGAAGAAACUGUUGAGGAAGUUGAAAAGGAAGAUUUGAAGGUGUCCUCAUCAGCUGAAUCCGAAUCUGAUAUCGAAGGAUCUGACAUUGAAGGUUUAUCUUCUGCUGAUGAAGGUGAUGGUUCAUCAUCUUCUCAUAAGAUCAAGAAAUUAAAGCCAAAGCAACAAAACAAAUCUAAUAAUGGUAAGGCUAAUGAUGCAUACUCAGGAAUUAUAUACGUUAGUAGGUUACCACAUGGUUUCCAUGAAAGGGAAUUGAGUAAAUAUUUCUCACAAUUUGGUGAUUUAAAAGUUGUUAGAUUAGCAAGAAAUAAGAAAACUGGUAAGUCUAGACAUUAUGGUUUUGUAGAAUUUGUAAAUAAGGAUGAUGCCAAAGUUGCUCAUGAAAGUAUGGAUAAUUACUUGUUAUUAGGACAUUUAUUGAAAGUCAAGUUAUUACCAAAAGGUGCUAAGAUCGAAAAAUUAUUCAAGUAUAAAAAGAGAGUAUUUAGCGAAACUCCUGUAAAGAAAUCUCGUGAAGAAUUAAAGAAAUCUGCUAAGGCAAAACACGAUGAAAGAUUAGCAAAGUUAUCUGAAUCCGGCAUUAACUUCAAAUGGUAA